UAGGAUAGUGGAAAAAUUUCAACUCAUCUUAAGCCACUUGAUAACCUAAUCUCCUAGUGUGGCGUAGUUUUGGGUCACCAUUCCUUUUUAAGUGCGUGGGAUUAUCAGUUGAUACAUAAAUAUAAACACAAACAACUAAACAGACGAAUCCAAUAGAGAAAGGUUAUAUUUAACCAUAACCACAAAAUUAUCAGUACCUGCUACGUAAUUGUUGGUCAAGACCAUUAUCUAUAAAUAUAUAAACGGGCGAAGACGAAAGGAAACGUUCCAUUUAACUUUAACCAUGAAAGAUACAGAAUUAUCUGUCUAGAAGCGUGACAUUGAGUCAGCUGAUAAAUUCUAUUCAGUUAUCAAAAACGCUUCCAAAAUAAGACAUUCGCUUUUCUUAAACAUGUUAUGUCUAUUCUUGACGAUUUUGUGCAUAAAGGGUUCUGUGGCUGAAAAUGGACCACUUGUUAAUACCUCAUUAGGGCAGAUUAGGGGGUUCUAUACAACAUCGUUUGAAGGCCGUACAUUUUCAGCCUUUGAGGGUAUUCCCUACGCAAAACCUCCAAUUGGAGAUCUACGUUUUGAGCCACCACAAAAUGUACCACCUUGGAAUGGCGUGUUAAACGCAAAUAAACAGUACGUCUGCAAGCAAGUCGACCAUCCAUUUCUUGGCUUAGGUAAAAGCACCGAAGAUUGCUUAUACCUAAAUGUCUACGUGCCUAAAAUGCAAAUUUCUACCGAUGACAAUUAUGAUGUAAUAGUUAAUAUUCAUGGUGGUGCAUUUAUGAUGGGAGCUAGUAGAGCUUUUGCAGGACCACGCCUUUUAAUGGAUCGUGACAUUAUCUAUGUGAAUAUGAACUACCGCCUUGGUAUUCUAGGGUUUUUAAGCACUGAGGAUAACGUUUUACCUGGAAAUAAUGGACUGAAGGAUCAGCAACAUUCUCUUAAAUGGGUUCAAGCACACAUAAAGCAAUUUGGUGGUAAUUCCAAAUCUGUUACUCUCAUGGGAGCAUCGGCCGGUGGGGCUUCGGUUCAUUUCCAUUAUUUCUCUCCGCAAUCUAAAGGAUUGUUUCAUAGGGGAAUAUCUCAAAGUGGGAAUGCCCUGAUGCCGUGGGCGAUUCAAGAGGGUGCAUUACAGAAAGCAAGAACUCUUGCGGCGUCUUUAAAUUGCGAAGAAUCGGAUACACGAAGUCUGGUUAAAUGUCUGAAAAGUAUACCCGCAGAUGAUCUUGUUAAUCAAACGUACAGUUUUUAUCAUCUUGGGGAGCUACCUCUUGCGCCGUUUGCGCCAGUUGUUGAGGUAGAAUCGGAGUCUGCCUUCCUAACCAAACACCCCUACUUUCAAUUGAGAGACGGCGAUGUGAACGACGUUCCGUGGCUGACUUGGAUUGUAACAGACGAAGGAAAUGUAAUAGCGCUGAUGCUACACCAAUUUGUAGAUAAAGUUCUGAAAUAUUGGAAGGCAUUUGCGGAAUAUUUAUUUGAUUAUAAGUAUGCAUGUGCUGACGACCAGAAAGACAAGGUUGCUCAACAGAUACAGUCGUUUUACUUUGAAAAUGAACAAUUUUCACAAAUUAACAUCAGUUCACUUAUUAAGAUCUUUGGUGAUAGAUAUUUUAACGUGGGCUUUGAAACUGCGGUUCACAUUCAGGCAGCAGUCACAAAUUCAUCCGUGUACGCCGCCAUAUACGGAUACAAACCAUCUCUUACCUUCAUGAAGAACGUAGGCAUCGACGACGUUGAAGGUGUUGGCCAUGGUGACGAAGGCUUACUCAUACACGACAUCCAUCUUAAUAUAUCAAUCUUACCUGAAGACUUGUUCCUUUCCAAAUCUGACGUUCAAAUGAAAGAAGUGUUACUUGAUCUUCUGUCCUCAUUUGCCAUGAACGGCAAACCGCGAUCUCGGAGAGUGGAAUGGGAACCACUAACCCCGAGUAGCCCUAAAUAUCUGCUUAUUAAGGACGUGGACAAUAUCAGCAUGUCAGAAAUAUCGGAACUAAGUCCAAGAAGAUUUUGGGAAGGUUUGACUCUAAGUGAAAAUGAACAAUUCUCCAAACAAAUACAUUAAAAAAUAAAUUGCACCUACGCCUUGUCUAAAAAUAUGUAUAUAACAUGUAAUACAAAUGGCGUUUAAAAUUUAAA